UGGGUUAAUAUGAAGGCAGCUCAGAGCUCUGUGCAAUAAGUUAGCUAACUCUUAAAAGAGAUGCAUGGCGAUUAUUAAAUCAUUUUGGAUCUGUCGUAUCUCUGCUAUGUUGCGUGCCGGGAGCUGGAGAGCAGUUGGCAAGGAAGAAUGACCUUUAACCUUUAAUAUGGCAUGAAUAUGCUGUGACGGACUUCAUCUAACAGUGGAAUUAGUGUCGUGGGACAUUAUGACCAUUCUGUCAUGGGGGACUUGACAGAUGAUGUCGGUGAUCAACAGCGAGCUGAGUGUGGACAGUGAAGGAUGACCUCUAUUAGCUGAAAGCCCCUACCAUGCUCCAGAGAUAUGCUGUGUAAACUCUAAUGUGCUCUGGAUCCACAAUGCUCCGGAGGUGGCUGUUAGCUCUGGUGGCCCGUGUUGGGGUCAUAGUGCUGGUGGUGUGCUGCUGCCUAUCUCUCCUCUACCUGCUGGCCUGCAAACCCCCCAGAAGCCACAGCCAUCAACAGGCCCUGGUUUGGGCUGGAGGAGCCACCAGUAAAGAGGGUUACCUGGCGCUACUGCAGGAGAGCGAGGACACACACAGACACUAUAUUAACAGUCUCAGUAAGCAGAUAGCCCAGCUCAAAGAGGCUCUCCAGAUGAGGACCCAGCAGCUGCAGGAGUCUCUGGAAAAGGCCAGGGCCAAAGGGGUUCUACCUAUGGGGCUGGAGGACCUGCGUAGGCCCCAGACACACACCGACCUCCAGGAGUUCUUCAAGGCCCAGUUGAGCCGGGCUGAGGUCCAGUCUAGUGAGAAGUUGCCCAGCGAGUACGCCGUGAUUCCCUUCGAAAGCUUCACCCUGCACAGGGUGUACCAGCUCGAGAUGGGGCUGACCCGUCACCCAGAGGAGAGGCCUGUGAGGAAGGACCGGAGAGACGAGCUGACAGGCACGCUGGAGACAGCCCUGCAGGUCCUCAACGGACCCCAGAGACACGGGGAGCGCCACCGACGCUCCUAUUCACCAUUGGACUUCAUAGAGGGGCUAACCCGUACAGAGCGUGACAAGGGGACAGUGUAUGAGCUGAUGUUUAAGGGCGAGGGGCCGCAGGACUUCCGACAGUUGGUGUUCUUCAGACCUUUCGGCCCGGUGGUCAGGGUGAAGAAUGAGAGGGUGGACACACGCCACAUGCUCAUCAAUAUCAUAGUCCCACUGUCCAGGAGGGCUGACACAUUCAGACAGUUCAUCAACAACUUCAGAAAGGUGUGCGUCCAGCAGGAAGGGAAGACCCACCUCACUGUGGUCUACUUUGGCAGGGACCAGAUUGACGAGGUUAAAGCCAUCAUGGAUCAGACAUCCAGGGAGACCCAAUUCCGGAACUUCACGCUGAUCCAACUGAACGAGGAGUUCUCUCGUGGGCGGGGCUUAGAAGUGGGCGCACGGGCCUGGAGACGGAGCCACAACGUGCUGCUCUUCUUCUGCGACGUCGACAUCCACUUCACCCUAGACUUUCUCACUUCCUGCAGACUCAAUGCAGAGCCUGGUAAGAAAGUGUUCUACCCAGUGCUCUUCAGUCAGUACAAUCCAUCGCUUAUCGACAAUAACCAGAGUCCCUUCCCUUCUAUUCAACAACAACUGGUGAUAAGGAAGGACACUGGAUUCUGGAGAGAUUUUGGGUUUGGCAUGACAUGCCAGUAUAGGUCUGAUUUCAUCAACAUAGGUGGGUUUGACCGGAACACCAAAGGCUGGGGUUUGGAGGAUGUUCACCUGUACAGAAAGUACCUGCACAGCAAGCUGAUGGUGAUUCGCUCUCCCUCCCGUAGCCUCUUCCACCUGUGGCAUGAGAAGCAGUGUGCGGAUGAGCUGCCGCCAGACAAGUAUAAGAUGUGUAUGCAGACCAAGGCCAUGAGCGAGGCCUCUCACGGCCACCUGGGGGAGCUGUUCUUCACACAGGAGAUCCAGGAGCAUCUGCAGAGGCAGAAACUACUGAAUGACUCAAGUCGCUUGAGGUAGAGGUUGCCCCAUAACCACAGUUCUAAGAUCAGACUACCCUACCCCUUUUCAUAGCCUUAACCAUUAGGAGGUUGAGCUAUAUCUGACCCUGGACCUGUGGUCAUGGUUAUGAAAUCAGAACCUCUGGAGAGGAGAGACAUCCUCUGGGUUUUUUUGAGAGAACAAUGUCCUCAUCAUCCUACAGACUCAACUUAGGGACUGGGGAGGGCAUGUAGAGGGAUGAGACAUUAACUUUUUAAUACCAAGAUUGGAACUUGAUUUAAUUGAAAUAUGGAUGUGAUGUUAUGUACUCAUUGUACAUCAUCUUUGCCAUUUUGCUGUCUGACGAUGGCCUAAUGAUCUGAUGAGUCUGUCCUAUGAGCAUUUGGUUGAAAAUACUUUGUAAAGAUGUCUUUCAACUUCUUGUGCUCACUGGGUGAAACCAAGGAGGGCAGAAGAUCCUUACCCCCUUUGUUGUAUUGAGACUGCCAACCUGCUAUGGACUCAACUCAAUGAAAAUAAUAUUUUUGUAUAAAUGAAGGGAAGGAUGUUUUUGUAUAAUACUGUAUUUGAAUAUGUAUUAGAAUAAUACAGGAUCAUAAUUAUUUAAAGGUUUUAGUUAUAUGAAUUGAUAUAUGAAUUCAGAGAAGAGAAACAGACUGUUAGUGGUUAAGCAUUUUCAUAUUAGGCCUACUCUACAUUCCUUCAUUUCAAGCUGUUGACCACAUUUGGGUACCUAAGCACAGUGGGUUCCCAAACAUGAUGCAUUAUGACCCACCUAAUAGAUAAAACCAUGUUUGUAGCCACAACCCAAGCUUUACAAACCAAGAGGAACUGUCCGGGACCUAACCAACCAACGGACUUGGAGCCCAUGUCCUGGAUAGAAGGAUCAAGUAGCCUAAUUAAAAGAAUGCUGAUUGCAUGCACUAUCAUAGCAUUUUUUAUAUGAUUUGGGAGUAGAUUAGCAAUUGCAUGUAUGUCAAUAUUUGUGGUAUUUCUUGUCUUGCAUUGCAACAUUGGGAGAGUCAAUAUUUCGAAACCAUCUCUCUCUCUCUUCCUUCCUCCUUCCCCUAUAUCUCUCUCUCUCUCUCUCUGUGUGUGUGUGUGUGUGUGUGUGUGUGUGUGUGUGUGUCUGUGUGUGUGAGAGAGAGAGCAGUCUAUAGGUCUACAACUGGCACUAUUUCAUGGUCAGGCAUGUUUUGGCACAGAAUAGAAGAAAGACUUUGGUGGAACCUGUGGGAACCUCUAUGAAAAU